ACUGUAAUACUAAAAGUUUAAAGUAAAAUAAAUUAUUUUAAUAGCUACUCCUAACUAUAUCAAAAAUGUUUGAUUAAAUUAUUAUUGCUAUAACAAUAUUAGAAGAACCUAUUACAUUUUAAUUUUUAAUAAUUGUUUGCUAUUUGACUAUUGUCUAUUUCUUAUAUUUAUGUUGUUAAUUACUAGAGGUAGAGAUGACUCUAACAUAGCGCAGUGGACUUUUUAAAGAAUUAGGUAUAGGUAUAGGUAUCGUUGGCCAAUAUCAAAAAAAAAUUUUCCAAAUUUAAUUAUCAUGCCGUUUGCCCGUUUCGAGUUUCGACAUACCUUCGCGGGCUUCGACGAAAAUGGUAACGUUUGAAAACUUAGACAACACUUCCAAACGGUAAAAAUCCUAGCGAUUUCAAUAAACGUUGAAUAAAUUAUCUUCAUUUGAACCACUGGAUUUUUACAUCACAAAUAAAAGCUGAAAACACAAAAUGAGUUUUAACCGCUACAAAGACAUUAUUGAAGAAGGCGAUACGGUCAUAUUGUAUAUAAGUCCACAAGCAAUGUAUGCUAUACAAGCCCAGUCAGUAAUUGAAAAUCGGAAAGGAGAGAAGGUUGAGAAUGUUAUGCAGACUAAGUAUGGAGCGUUGAAAAUUUCAUCGUUAUUCGGAAAACCGUUUGGAUCAAAAGUGAGUUUGUCUAAUGGAUGGGCUCAUGUUUUGUAUCCUACACCUGAACUUUGGACUCAGACAUUACCACAUAGAACUCAAAUUAUAUACACACCAGACAUAAGUCUAAUCAUGUUCAUGUUAGAACUUAAGCCCGGUAGUAUUGUGGUUGAGUCAGGUACUGGAAGUGGAUCGUUGACACAUUCCAUGGCCGUUAGAGUAAAACCUACUGGACACAUUUAUACUUAUGAUUUUCAUGAACAAAGGGCAGAUCAGGCACAAAAAGAAUUUAAAGCUCACGGUUUAUCUGAGAAUGUCACCAGCCAAUGCAGAGAUGUUUGCCAAAAUGGAUUUAGUGAUGAUGUUACUGGUAAAGCUGAUGCUGUAUUUUUAGAUUUGCCUCAUCCACAUCUUGUUGUCCCAUUUGCUAUUAAAGCUUUAAAACCAUCAGGUGGUGGAAGGAUUUGCACAUUUUCGCCAUGUAUUGAACAAGUGAUGCGUACGUGUCAAACGCUGCAGGAGCACGGUUUCAUCCAAAUUAAGACGGUCGAGUGUUUGGAAAAAGAAUACCAAGUGGUAAACAGGACUGUGACCACGUUCGCCACCGCCAGCAGACCAUCGUCCGCUCCGGUACCGCAGAAUACGACUGAAGAACAUAGUAACGAUAAGAAAUUUGUGGCUUGCAUCCCGUCCGCAUCCCCUCGCGGUCAUACGGGUUACCUAACCACGGCCACGUAUCUCAUGGAAACUCCACUGCAGCUGCAGGAAGCGGAGAUCGAGGACUCGUGCGAAAAAUGAAAACCCUAACUGCAGCAUAAGAACUUGCCAGGGUAGAGAAGUCUCCAGUUUAUUGUUAUAUAUUAUAUAAUAUUAUUGUCUGUAUUAUUAUUUUUUACGUACAAUUAUUAUACAUCGAUACACGUAUAUAAUAUACAUGUGCGCGCGGCUGUUCUAUUGUACUGGCACUAUACAUAUAUACAUAUAUAUUUUAUAAUAAACAAUAUUAUAUAU